AUUUAAAGUUUUUAUUUAGUAAGGUGAUCACAGCUUAAAUAUAUCAAAGUAAAAAUGGCUGUCCAACCGAAUAAACAACUCGAUAUGGAUGUAACAGCUCAACAGACAUUUGUUCGAUUUUACAAAAGCUUGCCAGAGAAACCGAGUAGUACCAUAAGGUUCUUCAACAGAUUGGAUUAUUAUACAGUACAUGGAAAUGACGCUCUAUUCGCCGCUCAAGAAAUUUUCAAGACCACGUCAGUUUGCAAGAAAAUUGGACCACAGCACAGUAAGAUUGACAGCGUCAUCUUGAACAAGAACCACUUCGAGAGUUUCGUAAAAGAUUUAUUACUGAUAAAGCAGUAUCGUGUAGAGGUGUAUGUAAAUCAAGGUUCUUCUAAAAGUCAUGACUGGGUCCUUGAGUACAAAGGUUCACCGGGCAAUUUAGUUCAAUUUGAGGAUCUGUUGUUCAGCAGCGCUGAAGUCGCUGUCGAGGCUGUGGUUAUGGCGGUCAAGUUUGGCGCUGAAACUUCUUCUAAGGUAGUUGGUCUCAGCUGUAUCGAUACUAUCAAAUCAUUGAUUUCGGUAUCUGAAUUCAAAGAUGACGAGUCGUUCAUAGAUCUCGAAGCAAUCGUUGUAUCGCUCAAGCCUAAGGAGUGCAUCUUACAAAUGGGCGAAAAUAACCCAGAUUUUCAAGCUAUUAAGCUGUUGAUGGAACGAAACAAUGUUCUCGUUACUCCAAGAAAGAAGAGCGAAUUCAGUACAGGCAACUUGAUUCAAGAUUUGAAUAAUAUCAUCAGAUUUGCCAAAGGACAGCAAGAGAAUGCUCAAGCUAUACCUCAAACCAAUUUAAAACUUGCCAUGGCUGCAACAUCUGCUUUGAUUAGUUACCUAGCUCUAACAGAGGAUGACAGUAAUAUGCACCAGUACUCAAUCGAAGAGAUCGAACGUACCCGUUAUCUUCGCCUCGAUUCCGCAGCGAUAAACGCCUUGAACAUUGAGCCUCAUCCUGAUGCAACGCAUGUAUCCGCUAGUUCUAGCAUUCUCGGUCUUCUGGACAGAUGCAGAACAGCUCAGGGUCACCGACUUGUCAGUCAAUGGAUUAGGCAACCUCUGCGUGAUCUUGCACUCAUCAAGGAUAGGCACGACGUCGUCGCUGGUUUCCUUGAAGAUUCAGAACUUAGGUCGGUCGUCAGUGAAGACUGUCUUCGUCGUGUACCUGAUUUACAACAAUUGGCCAAGAAGCUUGCAAGAAAGAAAGCUGGACUCAGCGACUGUUAUAAAAUUUUCCAAUGUAUGACACAUCUACCAACUCUGCUUGAAAAACUCGAAUCAGUUUCAAACAUUGCUGCUAUCAAAGCUAUGUUUAUCGAUCCUUUAAAAGAGCUUCUUGAAGAAAUGGACAAAUUUCAGCAGAUGGUUGAACAAACGAUUGAUUUAGAAGCCGUGGACAAGGGUGAAUUUUUGGUGAAACCAGAAUUUGAUGAUGAGCUUAAAGAAUUGAAAGUUAGUAUGGAUAAAAAAGAAAAGAGGAUCCAGGCAACAUUGAAUACAGUCGCUGAUGAUUUAAACAUGGAAUCAGGAAAAAAUAUAAAGUUAGAAAAUAAUCCACAGUACGGAUAUCAUUUCAGGAUUACUUUGAAAGAAGAGAAAUCAUUAAGAAAGAACAACAACUACAAUAUAUUGGAUUCUAACAAAAGUGGUGUGAAGUUUAGAAAUAAAGAAUUGGAACAACUGAAUAAAGAUUACCUAAGUGAUAAAGAUAAUUAUACUGAUAAACAAAAGAUAAUUGUUAAAGAAAUUAUUGAGACAGCAGCUGGUUAUGUACCUCCAAUUAAACAGAUUGGUAACGUGGUCGCAGUUCUCGAUGUGUUGAAUUCAUUUGCUCUAGCUGCAGCUUCCUCAAAUCAGACAUAUGUUCGACCUAAGAUGUUACCCAGUGAAGCACAAGAACUUCAUCUUGUGCAAGUUAGACAUCCAUGCUUAGAAUCUCAAGAGGGAGUAAACUAUAUUGCAAACGACGUUCACUUUGAAAAAGAUAGCAGAUUUCAUAUUGUAACAGGACCCAACAUGGGUGGUAAAAGUACUUACAUUAGAUCCAUUGGAGUUUCGGCACUAAUGGCUCAUAUUGGAAGCUUCGUGCCAUGCGAAAAAGCUACUAUAUCAUUACUUGAUUCUAUUCUAGCGAGAAUAGGUGCCGACGACUCUCAGACUAAAGGUCUUUCUACCUUCAUGGCAGAAAUGGUUGAAACUUCUGCAAUUAUAAGAACUGCCACUAAUAAUUCGUUAGUUAUUAUUGAUGAGCUCGGUAGAGGAACUUCAACUUAUGAUGGAUGUGGAAUAGCAUGGGCCAUUGCUGAACAUUUAGCUAAGGAGAUAAAGUCAUAUUGUUUGUUUGCUACACAUUUUCAUGAAAUCACUAGGCUUGCAGAUGAUGUGACAACUGUCAAAAAUUUCCAUGUUACUGCUCUUGUUGAAGAUAAAUUGACUUUAUUGUACAAAGUUAAGCCUGGAAUAUGUGACCAGAGUUUUGGUAUUCACGUAGCUAGAAUGGCACGUUUCCCUGAAGAAGUUAUUGAGUUUGCCAAACAAAAACAAGCAGAGCUGGAAGAUUUACAAGGUGCAGUAUUUGAAGGUUCUAAUGAUCCAGAAAAGAAAAAGCAAAUUAUAAAAGAAGGUGAACAAAUUAUCCAUGAGUUUAUGAGGAAAUGCAAGGAUUUGGACGAUUCUUUGCCGGUCGAAGAAUUGAAAAAGCAAGUUUUUAAUUGGAAAAAAGAAGUAUUAGCUCAUAAUAAUCCGUACAUCAAAUCAUUACUAGGAGUAGCGUAAAUUCUUACUUUUAUAUAUUUUCGUAACUUCACUCCUAAAAAAUGUUGCAGUAUUAAGCUUACUCUGUAAAUGAUGUAUGAAACCAUGUUGAUAUUUAUUUUUGUACGGUUUUGUA